GGUGUGUUCCCAAGGUGUGGCCUGAAUCAAAAAACCGAACGCCAGCUCCGCUGUGGCUCCUGUUUGCAGGCCAGAGUUUGCAUGCCCUGAACCGCGGGAGUCUUCACGCUGGGGCUUGUGACAGUAAAGACAGCUCAGCCCUGGACAGAGAGCUGUACCCCACAUCCUUAACGAGGAUGGACGACAUCUCCCUGUGAAACCCAGAGCUUCCCAGGACGCACCCUUCCUCCCUGGGCACGCACCUCCGCGGUUUCCGUUUUAAUGAGCCCGGUGAACCUGCAUCCACCUUUCGAAGGAAUCCGAGGAAGCCGCUCCUGCCAAGCCCCGGCUGUGGCCCUGUGACACUCAAGAACGCGGGCCAGGCUCUCGUGUAGGUUGAGGGAGCCCAAGGAGAGUGAAGAUUAUAGGGCAAGCCCGCCUUUCUUUACAAGGGCUUGCUUUGCAUCCUGGAAUCUCAGGUUCAGCCAUUACAAUGAAGUCCUGUUAUAGAGAGCGCUGGCCUUUUAUCACCACUUAAAAUCUAAUUAAUCCAUAUUGAAGCACAAAGAUUUCCGUUGUCCUUUAGGGUGAGGGGUCAUAGAGGCCUCUUUGUUCAUCCUUCGACUUAGCAUCACCAAGGCUUGGGGAUAUAAUUUUACCAAGCAAAUCGGAAGGUAACAGAUCAAAUCCUUAUCAGAAAGCCUAACUCACAGUUUGAACAGAGCCCCGCGUCCUUUACAUGAAACAUCAUAUUCAUGAAGAACAAAAACGCAUUUCAGGGUGCCCAAGGAGUUAAUGAGUGGGGCUUAUAUCCCAGGCAGCAUAGGACCAAGCCCAGCACACCGCUGUCCACCACAAACAGACUCCGGCUCCUGGAGGGGCGGUGGAAGUCACAAGAUUUGUGGCCAUGGCUUUUGUCUUUAGAGUAGUAAUGCAAUUCGUCGGAUUUUUAUUAUCUUUGCUGGGAUGGGUUUUAUGCAUUAUUACAAUGUUUCUGCCCCAUUGGAAAAACCUCAACCUGGAGCUGAACGAAAUGGAAAACUGGACCAUAGGCCUCUGGCAAGCCUGCGUCAUCCAGGAGGAAGUCGGGCGGCAAUGUAAGGACUUCGAUUCUUUCCUGGCUCUGCCUGCCGAACUCCGGAUCUCCAGGGUUCUGAUGUUCCUGUCCAACGGGCUGGGCUUUCUGGGCCUGCUGGUCUCCGGGUCUGGGCUGGACUGCUUGAGAAUUGGAGAGAGACAGCAAGAGCUCAAGAAGUGGCUGCUAAUCCUGGGAGGGGUUCUGCUCUGGACCUCCGGCCUCGCAGCCCUGGUGCCUGUCUCCUGGGUCGCCCACGUGACCGUCCAGGAGUUCUGGGAUGAGACUGUCCCGGAGAUUGUGCCCAGGUGGGAGUUUGGGGAGGCCCUCUUCCUCGGCUGGUUUGCUGGGUUUUCUCUCCUGCUAGGGGGGUGUCUGCUCAUCUGGGCAGCCUGUUCCACCCACGCGCCUCUGGCCUCGGGCCACUACACAGUGGCAGAAACAGAGACUCAGUGCCCAUUCCUGCAAAAUGGCACUGCGGUUCCGAAAGUGUGACGCUGACAAGACCAGAGAGACGUAUUAUCUGCACCAGCUGUGACGUACACGUGGACACAAGAUCGGGGUCUUGGGUACACCACUCAAUCUGUGCCACUCACAUUUUCUCAAUAAUUACUCUCCUAUCCUAGAGUCCCUUCCCCCUCAAAAAUCUGGAGAAGAGGCAAUCUUAUGUCUCAAAGAACAGGACCAUGUUAAUUA